AUGGUGGAACACAGCGGCCUGGAUAUUAUGUGUCUGAACAAGUACUGCCACAGUUCCUCCUCGUCCUCCAGCUCCGAACAGGACAAGAAGACCUUCGCCAAAUUAAAGCUCAGCUUGUCGGGGGACUACCCGAGGAAGAACGCGGAGAUCCUCAGCGGUCAGUACGGGACCAAUCUGCUGCUGAUCGGGGCCGCGCUGAUGCUGGCCAUCGCGCACCAUGACCCCUUCGUCAAGGAAGAGCACUUUCUGUCCUUCGUCACCUGCCUCAUGAGCCUGCAGCUGAUCUGGAUGAUGUGGUACAUCCUGGUGCGGGACAGACAGAAGAACACGCGGACCGAGAAAGACGUGCACGCCACCACAUGCUGGAUAAGAGGUGGUUUGACUGUCCUUGCGCUCCUCUCACUUAUUAUGGACGCUUUCCGAAUCGGGUAUUAUGUCGGCUACCAGUCUUGUGUGUCGGCUGUGCUCGGGGUAUAUCCUGUCAUCCAUGCAACUCACACCAUAGCGCAGGUGCAUUUUCUAUGGUUUCACAUCAAGGACGUCAUCAAGAGCUUUGAAACAUUUGAGAGGUUCGGUGUAAUCCACGCAGUCUUUACAAAUCUCCUCCUGUGGUGCAACGGUGUGAUGUCAGAGGCCGAGCACUUCUUGAACAACCAUAUGAGAAGACUUUCUGCCCUGGGCUAUGGAAACCUCACUAUAGUUCACUCGGAUCCUCUCUGUAACUGCACCACCAGCACUUGCUCCAUGUUCACCAGCAGCCUCUACUAUCUCUAUCCCUUCAACAUCGAGUACCACAUCUUUGUCUCUGCCAUGCUCUUCGUCAUGUGGAAAAACAUCGGACGGACCAUUGACCUUUCUUCGAACAGGAAAAGGUUGGCCACCAAAACCCGGGGCCUGUCCGUGGGCCCUCUCCUGGGUCUGCUAGCCCUGGCCAGCACAAUCGGGAUCCUGGUGGUCUACAUCACCCAUGUGGAGUCCCUUCAGACACGUCAGUCUGCCAUUUCCAUGUUCUACAUUUACGGCAUUGUCAUGCUACUGUUCAUGUGCUUUGCCGGGGCUUUGGGUCUUCUCAUAUACCGAGCGGACCAUAUACCACUGGACACCUCCAAGAACCCGUCGAGACAGCUGGACACAGAGCUGCUGUUUGGAUCCUCUAUCGGCUCCUGGCUCAUGUCCUGGUGCAGCAUUGUGGCUGUGAUGAGUACCAAUAGCAGCCCUCCUUACCUGUGGACAAACUUCCUCUACUCUCUGCUGAUUGUGCUGGAGAAGUACAUGCAAAACCUCUUCAUCAUAGAGUCUCUUUACCGCCAGCAAGGGGACAGAGAGAGGGAGGACCCAGAGUUACCGUCUGCCCCCGAAAUCUUCUCCGUCACCUCCUCUUUAGCCCCGCCGUACAACGGCAUCAUCAACCGAGCUUAUGAGACGCCAGAGAAAGCCUGCGUUACCAUGGAGAACGAGCAGGAGGAGAGCGGGCAGGUGUACAGAUGUCCAAGGAAACCCUCAGAGGUGCCUCUGCCUGUCGGGAGCAAAGUUGGGGAGCCUCCAAAUAUAAAGAGGCAAAUCCUGAAGAACCUUUCUGUCUUCCUGAUAAUGUGCAACAUCUCUCUAUGGAUCCUUCCCGCCUUUGGCUGCCGGCCACAGUACGACAACGGGUUGGAACAGGAGACUUUCGGCUUCAGCAUAUGGACGACAGUUCUCAAUUUUGCCAUCCCCUUGAACCUUUUCUACCGCAUGCACUCAGUUGCCUCCCUCUUCGAGGUGUUCCGCCGGGUCUGACGUAUUUGGCAGAUGACUGACAAUGCAAGGUAACAUGCACAGGAACACUUGUCACCACCAGCUCCCCGAGAGUGUCUCAUAGCGCAGGUCAACCGUUCAGGAGGCAGUCAGGGUCACACUCCAACAGACUUGAAAACAAGCCGCGGAGGCAAACAAAAACGUACAUCCCUCGGUGUGGAGAUGACAGAAGAGGACGAACCUGUUCACCUGCGUUCCUUGACGAAAUGCCUUGUAAAAAACUAUUAUAGAUGGUGAUGAACAGAACCGUUGGUUUCAAACGAUUUAAAAAGACCUGUGUACUUUUUCUUUUAUAGUCACAUAUCAGUAGAAGUUGUUCUUAUUGGUGCAUCCUGCAAAAUGUACUGUACAUACAGCAAAUACUACACAAAUAUUUUGUACUGUUUUAUAUAGGAAAUUGACAAAGGAGAAUAGACUUCUCGCUUGAUUUUCAUUUUUCAAAAGUACAAGUCACUGAAACACCUUUAGUCUCAUGCAUUUAAUAAGGAAAAAGUGCUGUAUUUAACAAAGCCAUGACGGCAUUUUUUUACCACAUGACAUUUAUAUGCAUUUAAAAUGUGCAUACUCUUUAUGGAUAUGGUUCUCAUGUUCUUUACUCAGUAGUUCAAGUAGUUUAAUGGAUGUUAUGCAACACUUGAGCUACUGGAAUAGUAAGAAUCUCAUGGUGUGUUUAGACCAAAGUGAAGCCAAUUUUUCCCAUGGCACAAUUACAUGCAAAAUCAAUGCAACAACAUGAAUAUGAAAAAUACCUGUCUGCACGAAAUGAAAGUGUCUCAUCUUGGGGGAAAAAUACGCAUGGAGCUGUGUCGCGAAAGCCUAUCAGUGUUGAAAUUCAAUGCACGUCAUUAGGAAUCCUGAAUGGAGGACUAACUUAUUAUAUAUAUUAUACACCCGAUACCACGAUUAUACAAAACGUCUGUAGUUUAUAGAAAAAAGGAGUUGGCUAUUUUGCAGCCUUUUUUCAACUUAUAUGAACUGAGUUAGCUCUAGCAUUAGCUAACUAAUCCUGACCUAUUUAGUUAGUCAGUACCCCAAUGACUCCAAAAUCAGUCCAGCGACCCUACUCAUGUGAGAAUUUCGUCUGAACACACCAUUAUAACAGCUCUAUCUAUUGAAUAAUCUUUAUGAGUUGGAUACUAGUUCUCAGAAGAAGCUCCUGCAUCUCUCAGCCAUUGAACUUUCAUCAGUGUCAAGUUGAAUGAAAGGUUUUGGUCAAAUACCGUAUAGCACUGUUAUACACUGUGAUUUGUAUCCACUUUGUAUUGAAAAGUUCAAGACCAGAUAAAACAUUUACUGUCAUUUACAAUUUAUGAACUGACCACAUGUUGAAUUCAUGUAUGUGAACAUGAAAGGAUUCUGGUUUAACACGUUUAGAAAGAUUAAUCUUGUAUGUGACCAGUUCUUUUAAAGAUUCUCCGUCAUUCCACCUCUCGUUCAAGAGGUGUCUUCAGUUCUGGCAGGUGAAACGACUUUAAGAAACACAAGCAUGCCUGGUAGCCUAUGUAAACCUGUACAACUCCUAGUUCCAGGAUUAUUACACCAGAGCAGAUAUUGUGUGUUUACACUCUAGGAAUCAGCAAUAAAAACAUUACAGUCUGAUAUAAAGCACAAAUAUACUGUAUAGUUGUACUGUACAAUGUGUUAAAUCAAUGUAAAGUUCUCAACCUGGUGCUACCUGCUGUAUGUAUCCUCGCUAUGUGCCAAGUUGUGGUAAAAUUCUUGUGUUUUAGAUGCAAACUGUAAUAUUCUCUGUACAUACUACCUUGCCGAUCAGAAUCAUCCAGAAACUGUGACAUGAUUUUGCGAAAUUCCAAUGAAA